CCGGCGGAGUUACCCCCAUCCGCGCCGGAAGAGGCCCCCGGGGCGUUGGAAGCGUUUCCGGGGCAGCGCUGGCGGCGGCCCGGUAUCGCCAUGACGUCGCUCCGCGCCUUCACCUGCGACGACCUGUUCCGCUUCAACAACAUCAACCUGGACCCGCUGACGGAGACCGUAUCCUUCCGCUGCCGCCGGCCGCGCGGCAGGAGGCCUCGGGGGGCGCCGCAGUACGGGAUCCCCUUCUACCUGCAGUACCUGGCGCACUGGCCCGAGUACUUCAUCGUGGCGGAGGCGCCCGGCGGGGAGCUGAUGGGUUACAUAAUGGGUAAAGCAGAAGGCUCAGUGGCUAGGGAAGAAUGGCACGGACACGUUACUGCUCUCUCUGUUGCACCAGAAUUUCGACGGCUGGGUUUGGCUGCCAAGUUGAUGGAACUAUUGGAAGAAAUCUCAGAAAAAAAGGGCGGAUUUUUCGUUGAUCUCUUUGUGAGAGUAUCAAAUCAGGUUGCAGUAAAUAUGUAUAAGCAACUAGGCUACAGUGUGUACCGGACAGUGUUAGAGUACUAUUCUGCUAGCAAUGGAGAGCCUGAUGAGGAUGCUUAUGAUGAAAGUAACAUGAAAUACAAGGGCUGUGGACAGACAGCUACAGUUGUUGCAGAUUUUUUUUCUCUUGCUAUAGAUAUGAGAAAAGCUCUUUCUAGAGAUACGGAGAAGAAAUCUAUUAUACCUCUUCCUCAUCCUGUGAGACCAGAAGACAUUGAGUAACUACACUGUGAUUCUCAGACAACAUGCUAAGAAUUUUGGGUUCCUUCUCUACCUGCCCCCCAAGACCUUAGAGAUGAGAAAAAAUAGCCUCAUUUUUUUCCCCAUGAAAUACCAAAAGCGAUAUUGAGAAGUUUACUUACACUGCCUUUAUUGGUAAUAGCUGCAUACUUGUGCACUUCCCCUAGUGAGUUUUCUUUCCAAAUGUUGGUAAUGCAGAGAGUAUUAAAUGCAAUCACCUGGUG